ACCGUUGCAUUAAGGUCUUGUAAGGAUUAAUACAUUAAUAUUUUAACCGGCAGAGUUCGCUUGAAAAUCUCGCACUUUUUGAUGGUGAGCUACACCUUGUUAACUUGUAGAUCCGUAUUAUAACGCUGAUGAUGGUCUAGAUGAAUUUCUUGACAAUCAUUCUUUUGGCAUUUACGGCUGUCAGUCCUCUCAGUGCACGAGCUAUGCCCGGCCCCGAGACCACUGACAAAACAUGUACCUGGAGACCGUGUGGGGCUCUCCCGUGCCCGAUAAUAACUUUGAUAGGAGCCAUCAGACCCUGCUACUCAAACGGCGUAGAGACAACUCAGUACUGUUGCAACAAUGAUGAAGUUGGUCCAUUGUAACGCAAAUGAGCGGUUCGGGUAUGUCAGCGAUGCCCCCCUAAUCAGAACACGUACUGAGGCAGAGUAUAGGCGGAAACAAUUCUGCUUACGCGUUAAGUUGCAAUAAAGCAUUCUCCAAAGAUCGUCUAUGGUAGCAUGCUUAGUCGUCCUUGUAAAGACUUUUUUGUCUCGCACUUGUCGACUAUCGCCAGAAAAUCAGGCUUGUUCUUGAUAACUGACCGUACAGACCUACAGCAACGAUCGUUUUGGGCUGCUCGUCAUAAGUCAAAUACCAGACAGAACGGGACGACCGUCACCCGUCCAAUGUUUACCUGUUUGGGGGUGAAGAAAAUCCUGU